UGCCAUCCAAGAAUUGCUGAAGUUAUCUGCUUUGCGUCUGGUCCAUGCUUAAAUUCAUAUGCUUGAACAUAUAGUUAAUGAAGCACGCAUCUUGCUUGUAAAAGCUACUGGAUUUAGCUCUUGUAUGAACUUUACCCAAUUCUGAUAUAGAAGAAUAUGCUAUUGAAGAAUUGCUGGAGUUAUCUGCCUUGUGUCUGGUCCAUACUUUAGUUCAUCUUCAACAUAUAGUUAAUGAAGCAUGCAGUAUAACCUUAUUGUGCAACUUUAAAUUUUUUCCUUCAUAUUCUGUAACUGGUGUACAGCCAACGUUUAUUGCUGUUUUAUUUUAGUGAUGUCGUUUUACUGAUGUUUCUCUUCUGUUCUGUCAAUAAAAUGGGUAGUUUCCUGCGUGAUAUCUGGCUCUUUGUUACUCACUGCUCAUUUUUUCCUGAUUAUUUUGCAGGGCUUUCUCUGAAAUCUCAGGAGUUGAUGGCAUUGUUUUUGGUGCUCAAAAUUUAUUAUAGUUACACGAACUUUGAUGUACAUACAAUACUCAUUGCGGCCACAUUGAUAACAACUUUGUGGGUUGUCUAUAUGAUGCGUGUUUUCUUGAAAUCAAGUUACAUGGUGCAUGAGGACAACUUUCCAACGCAUUAUCUGGUGAUUGCAUGUGCUGUUAUGACACUCGUUGUUCAUCCAAAGUCAUCUGAUGCAUUGAUCAACCGUCUCAUCUUGGCCUUUGGAUGCUAUUUGGAAACAGUUGCAAUUAUGCCGCAGCUUCGCUUGAUGCAGAACACCAAGAUUGUCGAGUCAUUGACAGCUCACUAUGUUUUUGCUCUGGGAGUUACUCGUUUUUUAAGCUGUGCUCGCUGGAUACUUCAGGUGCCAAGGGAGGAACUCACCGCAUUGCUAACCAGAUCCCAAAGAAGCGUCAAAAGCCCCCAAGAGGUGGAAGAUAGCUUUCACCUGAAG